AGUUUUAUUGCUCUGUCCUCCUUUUCCUCACAUUCACCCUGAAACAAUUGCUACAUUUCUCUCCGUCCCUCUGUCUCUGCUUGCUUUGUUUAAACGGCUUAAUCUGUCCACUUUCUGUUUCCAAGAGAAGAAGAUAACUGUUUUUUUUCUUACUGAGUGCAGUAAUUGCCCCUUCUUGUCUGUAACCACUAACAUGAAGUUUCUUUGGAUUGGCACUAUACAAGCUGGAUUUGACUUUAAGCUUUUACUGGAGGAGUAUUUCUCGUACCAACAAAGGGACUCAGCUGAGUGAAAUAACCCAAAUUCUCUCCUGAGCGACAGUUGCUCAAUACCUCCUUGUCAACUCUGUAACUAUGGAGUACAGGCAUGAAGCAGAACUUGGGCAAGAAACAAACUCUACGUUUUCAUCAGAGAGAGGCUGAUGAGGAACACCGCAUAAGUGGGCUGAAAAAGACGAAGAGAGAAGCUUGUGGAUGACAGUAACUUUAUGUCGCUGGGAUGUUUUCUUUUGUCUUGCAGAACUUUGGAUAACAGGAAAAGAAUAAACGAACACGCUUUUGCAAAGCAGAAACUCUGCAGAGGAUGUUUACUUUUUACGUUUUCUUUCCUGAUGUGUUGUUCUGGAGGAUUUUCACUUUCCAAACAGAGUGGGCUUUUUGUGGAUUUUACCACUUUUGAAAUAAUAGUUUGCAAACAGACAUUUUUCUUUGUGCUGUUUGGAAACAGUGCACGUCUUCCUAUCUGUGUGUUUGGAUUAUGUAAGAGUUUCAUUGCUGUUGUGUCUGGAUUUUGGUCUGUUUAUUUAUUUGACUUCUCUACACAAGAAGUUCACUAUUUGUGAUGCGAGGCUGUGAAGCAGCUAGUUGUCUGUCUGUCCUCGCUGCAGACAGACACAGGGUGGGACAGACAUGCCUUUCCAUGGCUACUAGUGGCUGUAGCCCUUUCCCCGUGUGUUGGGACAGAGAAUAUGACAGACACCUAGCAGCGGCAGUGUCAGCAGGGAAAACCAUGGCGACAGCCUACCUGGAACCCAACCUGAAUAAUGCCUUUCUAGAAGGUGCCAAAUCACGGCUGAGUGGAGGUGGAUCGGACCGAACCAUGGCUGGCUCCGUGGACAGGGUUCUGAAAGUCUUCCACCACUUUGAGACAAACACUGAGCACAGCUUUUGGUCGUCCAAUAUCAGAUACGGAGAUGCAACUGAUGUCAGGGGAAUAAUCCAGAAGAUUCUGGACAUCCACAAAGUGCGCUGGACUUUGUGUUUCGGCCUUCGUCUCAGUAGCAGCCAAUCCAGAGACCAAGUGCACUGGCUGCACCCAGAUAUGGGCGUGUCCCAUAUCAGAGAGAAAUAUGAACAAGCGUGGCCAAAUGAAGAGUGGAGAUAUGAGUUAAAGAUCAGGUAUCUACCAAAGGGCUUUGUGCAGCAGUUUACAGAAGACAAACCUACUCUCAACUAUUUCUACCACCAGGUAAAGCAUGACUACAUGACACAAAUUGGGGAUCAGGUUGAACAAGAUGUAGCUCUCAAGCUGGGUUGUCUAGAAAUCAGGAGGUUCUUCAAAGAGAUGAGAGGGAACGCUCUGGACAAGAAGUCCAACUAUGAACUACUGGAGAAAGAUGUUGGUUUAAGGCGUUUUUUCCCAAAAGAAUUGUUGGACUCAGUCAAGGCUAAAACUCUUCGUAAGCUGAUUCAGCAGACAUUCAAGCAAGUAGCCAAUCUCAACGACGAGCAGUGCAUCCUGAAGUUCUUAGAGAUACUUGCACCAAUCCACCGCUAUGACAAAGAGUUCUUCAAGUGUGCCCUUGGUUCCAGUUGGGUGAUCCAGGUAGAGUUGGCCAUCGGGCCAGAAGAAGGCAUCAGUUACCUCACUGACAAGGGCUCUACACCCACACAUCUAGCAAACUUUAACCAAGUCCAGUCCAUCCAGUACUCAGCUAUGGAGGAGAAGGACAGAAAAGGCAUGCUACAGCUGAAUGUAGCUGGUGCUCCCGAGCCUCUCACAGUUACCACAGCAUCUCUCACCAUGGCAGAGAACUUAGCCGACUUGAUUGACGGCUACUGUCGGCUCGUCUCCACGCAAACCCACUCCUUCAUCAUCAGAGUUCAGAAAGAGGGAGAGAGAGCUCUGCCUUCUAUCCCAAAACUUUCUAAUAAUGAGAAAAAGCUAGAAGCAGUCAGAAGUGGAGUACGAGCAAUCUCCGUAUCAGAAGAUCUUAGCGGGGAUGAGACUGAUGACUAUGCAGAGAUAGUUGAUGAAGAGGACACAUACACCAUGCCCUCCAUGAGCUAUGGAGUAGUUGAAGCGCGGGAUUAUGAGAUCCAGAGGGACAGGAUAGAGUUAGGUCGCUGCAUUGGAGAGGGGCAGUUUGGUGAUGUUCACCAAGGAGUCUACAGCAGUCCAGACAAACCAGCCCUUCCUGUCGCCAUUAAAACCUGUAAAAACUGUACUUCAGACAGCGUCAGAGAAAAGUUCCUUCAAGAAGCGUUAACGAUGCGUCAGUUUGACCACCCUCAUAUUGUUAAGCUGAUUGGAGUGAUCACAGAAAAUCCAGUGUGGAUCAUCAUGGAGCUGUGCACUCUUGGAGAGUUACGAUCGUUCCUUCAGACGAGAAAGUACAGUCUUGACUUGGCCACGCUCAUUCAGUUUGCCUAUCAGCUCAGUACAGCACUGGCUUAUCUGGAGAGUAAGCGCUUUGUACACAGGGACAUUGCAGCACGCAAUGUGUUGGUUUCCUCUGUCGACUGUGUGAUGCUCGGAGACUUUGGCCUGUCUCGAUACAUGGAGGAUAGCUCUUACUACAAAGCUUCUAAAGGCAAACUUCCUAUUAAAUGGAUGGCUCCCGAAUCCAUCAAUUUCAGAAGAUUCACCUCUGCCAGUGAUGUGUGGAUGUUUGGUGUGUGCAUGUGGGAGAUCUUGAUGUAUGGCAUCAAGCCCUUCCAGGGCGUGAAGAACAAUGAUGUUAUUGGCAGGAUAGAAAAUGGCGAGCGUUUGGCUAUGCCCCCCCAGUGUCCACCCACCCUCUACAGUUUGAUGACCAAAUGUUGGUCGUACGACCCGAGCAAGAGGCCGCGAUUCACUGAACUCAAAACACAACUCAGUACCAUACUGGAGGAGGAGAAGCUUCAACAAGAAGAGAGACAUCGAAUGGAGAUGAGGAGACAAGUCACUGUUUCCUGGGACUCUGGGGGUUCUGAUGAAGCACCACCAAAACCCAGCAGACCAGGUUACCCCAGUCCUCGCUCCAGUGAUGGCUUCUUCUCCAGCCCUCAGCAUAACCACUUUCCGCAGCCAGCAGCUCAUGGUGGUGUUGGAGGCAGCUACCCUCCCUCUGAUUCCUGGAAUCAGCACAGACCUGAACAUCCUGCACUGUGGAGCCCAAACAUAGAGGAAAGUGGAUGUGUUGGCCAGGCCCUGAUGGAGGAGAGGCUGAUGAUGCAGCAGCAACAGAUGGAGGAUGACCAGCGAUGGCUGGAGCAGGAGGAAAGCCUCAUGAAGGCAGAGUCCAGAAACAGCAGAGGCAGCAUCGACAGAGAGGAUGCCACACUGCAAGUACCGGGUGGAAGUCAACAUAUCUAUCAGCCUGUUGGGAAACCAGAACAUGUAGCCCCCCCUAAGAAGCCACCCCGUCCUGGAGCACCUGGUCACCUCAGCAACCUGGCCAGUCCUCCCCCUUUAGACAGCUACAACGAAGGGGUCAAGCCAUGGAGGUUGCAGCCUCAGGAAAUCAGCCCGCCACCCACCGCCAACCUGGAUCGCUCUAAUGACAAAGUAUAUGAGAACGUGACUGGACUGGUUAAAGCUGUGAUUGAGAUGUCCAACAGAAUCCAGCCAGCUGCACCCGACGAGUACGUCCCCAUGGUCAAGGAGGUAGGUCUGGCUCUGAGAACACUACUGGCAACAGUGGAUGAGACGAUUCCUGUACUGCCUGCCAGCACACACAGAGAGAUUGAAAUGGCCCAGAAGCUGUUAAAUUCAGAUCUGGCAGAGUUAAUAGCAAAGAUGAAACUGGCCCAACAGUACGUCAUGACAAGUUUACAAAAAGACUACAAGAAACAGAUGCUAAUGGCAGCUCACGCCCUGGCAGUUGACGCCAAGAACCUGCUGGACGUCAUCGACCAAUCACGGCUCAAGAUGAUCAACCAGACCCGCCCCUAUUAGUCCAGGAUCCAGUCGUGCUGGAGGGUUCUGUAACAGGACAAGGGAAGAGCGAUGUAGAGAUUGGUGGAAUUUGUGGAUGGACAUUAUGUUUGAUAUCUGCGAUGGAUAAAUGAAAACAAGGAAUGGACAGCAGACAUGACUGAAACAAUCAGCUUCCUCCUUUUCUACCUAAAAAAUAAAACAGACAUUGUUUCAUUGAUCUCUGGAAACAGUCAUGUUUAGGUCAAUGUUGUAUUUACUAUUUAAGUUUCAUCAUUGGUUUAUGCAUAGAAGAGAAACAGUUCUUCCCAUCAUAUUUUUUAUUUUUGAAAAUCACCCAUUGAUCAUUUUAAAGUCUGAACAAACCAGAUUAAAUUAAGUUUUCAGAGGCUCACUUGAAGGACAUAACACAUGCAGGAACUGGAACUGAUGAGCCAACUUGAGGGGAAUAAUGAAGAUUAUUUUACAAUGUUGUUUAAAAAUGUUUUUAUAUCUUUAAUUAUUAUUAUAAUAUUGUUUUUUGCCUUGAAUUGCAGCAUGUCAGUCUUCCUCUUGAACUUUGAGCAAAAAUGAUUGAUUUACAGUACAUAAAUGUUCUAAACAUCAGCUUUUCUCCUAUAGAUCUCUUUAUCUCAGGUGGCAAAACAGCUAAAUUUACAAGAAGAAGCUCUUGUUUUGUAUGGAGAAAAAUAUAAAAACUGCCACAUGCCACUUAAGUUAACUUACAUAGUAAAUAUACAAAGAAGCUCUAUUUUCAACACAUUUAUGUGGCAUGUAUUGCUGGUGAAUAAUGGAGAGGGAGAGUGGAGGACAUAGAGCUGGGAGGUGAAGAAAAGGUGAUUUUAAGUCUCAGUGAAGGUGCUGAUUCUAAUAUGCAGGAAGUCUUUCUGUGCCAGAUGAACUGUAUUUGGUUUAAAUAAGUAUUUUAUCAAAAUGUCCUGACAUUGCUCAACUUGUUUCUACAAAAACUAAAAAAAUAAUUUCUUGCCUGCUGUGUAAAUUGAAGCCAUAUCACAGUUCAUUGUGUCUUUUGUGUUUGUUUUUCUAUUUAAAACCAUGCAGUGCAAGCUUUUAGACUCACCACCUUUGCCAAAUUUCUCCAAUUAGUUUGACUUUUGGGGGAAAGAGAUUGAAUCUACUCAUUUAAACUUUUAUUCACUACUGACUGGACCGACUCAGUGUUAAAAUUAAAUGUAGUUGUAUACUAAAAUUCUCCCUAAAAUAUCCCACUCUGUCAUUGUAUUUUCUUACCCAAUCUUCCUGCCUCACUUCACUGAAGUUAUUUAUGUUUGCUGCUUAUCUUUCUCUUCUUUGGCACCUUAGAAAUCUCCCUCAGUUAUCCCUCCCUCGCCCAAGCUUUGUCUUCCUUUUCUGCCUCUCUGAUGCUCUUGCUGUUCCCUGAGCAGUAAUCUCAGGAAUGAGACACAUGUACAGUUGCUAAACCAAGCAAAUAAAACACUGUUAUAAUUA